UGGCAACACAGAAAACGCAUGGACUUCGAGCUCGUCAAGUUUUUUCGUAGCAAUUUCAUUGAAUUUUCUGGGUAGCCGGCUACGAAAGUUCUAGAUUUUCGAUUUUCAUAAUUUGACUUUUCUCGUCAAGCAAAAUAUUAAACGAUCGUUGCAAGAAAUGGCAAACGCUAUGAAACGUCUUAUUCCUCUUUUGGACCGUGUUCUCAUCAAAAGGGCCGAAGCAGUCACCAAAACCGCUGGUGGUAUUGUUAUACCAGAAAAAGCGCAAUCUAAAGUGCUUCACGGAGAAGUAGUUGCCGUGGGACCCGGAGCAAGGAAAGAUAAUGGUGAAUUUGUUCCUGUACUAGUAAAAGUGGGUGACCGAGUUCUUUUACCGGAAUACGGAGGCACCAAAGUUUCACUGGAAAGCGACGAGAAGGAAUACCACCUUUUUAGAGAAUCUGAUAUUUUGGCCAAGAUUGAGAAUUAAUUUUACAUAGCUUUAGUUUCGCUUCGAAUUACAUUUUUGGUUAGAUUUAGUUCAUAGUAGUUAGUGGAUGUGUAUGCUGUGGUUGUGUAAUGUUCAAUUCAGUGGAAUUGUGAAGCUUACUGUUAUCUCUGCAUUUAUUAUAAUAUUGUUAUAAA